AUCGCAUUUCGCAGUUUCCUUUGCUUUCUUGGUGGGGUACUAGUAACAAUUUCUUAUAAAAUGUAUUUGUUAUAAUUUAUCUUAAAAGUUAAACGUAUAAUUGAACAUACAAUAUUAUUGUGAAAGUGAUAGUGAAAAGUAACGUGAUUUAAAACUAGGUAAAUUAUCUAUCUUCUGGGGGUAUAAGGCAAUGCGAAUUGUGAUUUCUAUCGUCGAGGAGGUAUUUUUCAUAAAAUAAACUGUAGUAAAUAUACAAUAUGGGUAAAUUAUUGAGUUUGCUUGCUCGAGAUGAUUCGAAUUGCUGUUCGUCGCCACGAUACGAUAUAUUUUUGGAUUUUGAGAAUGCUGCGCCCACUGAUACAGAGCGAGAUGUUUAUGAAGAAGUGCAAAGGGUUUUGUUUAAUUCCGAUAAGAUAUUAGAAGAAAUACAAUGCUAUAAGGGUGCUGGGAAGGAGAUACGAGAGGCGAUAGCUGACCCUUCUACGAUUACUCAGGAAAGAGCCUGGCGCGCCGUAAAACCUUUGGUUGACAAACUCCUACGGUUCUACAACCACUCCUUGGAAUUGCAACGGGUGGUGCCCAGAGUGCUGGGAUCGUUAGUCGGCGGUGGGAUGAGUCCAACCCAGCAUCUGGAGCAGCAGCAGGCGCUGGUGAAGCAAUUUGCAGAAAUUCUGGAGUUUGUCUUAAAGUUCGACGAGCAUAAGAUGAAAACACCAGCCAUCCAAAACGAUUUCAGCUACUACAGGCGUAUCGUAUCCCGAGGUAGUCUCAUCAAUGCAGACCUUCCGCCAGGGGAAGAACCUCACAUAGGCGCAGAAGUUGCUAACAGAAUGUCGUUAUUCUAUGCGCAAGCGACGCCGAUGCUAAAGGUUCUGUCAGAAGCGACCAGCCAGUUUGUGAAUGACAAUCAGCAGGACUUGGAAAAUACCACGGAAACAUUAAGCACAAUGGCCAAAGUGUGCUUGAGGAUGUUGGAGAAUCCGAAACUAGUAGCACAGUUUAGCCGCGAAGAAACAUCACUACUCGUUCUUCGCGUGAUGGUGGGUUUGAUAAUUCUCUACGACUGGGUACAUCCCUCGGGCGCCUUCUGUCGUUCCUCUUCAGUGGAUGUUAAAGGAUGUGUCAAAUUCCUCCAACAGCAGCCGCCUCCCAAAGCGGAACCUUUGUUGAACGCCCUGAGAUAUACCACCAAGCACCUGAACAGCCAGUCGACGCCAAGGAAUAUUCGGGCUUUGCUAGCCGCGUGAGGACAGCAUUCGAGCUUUGCAUGUUGCUGUGGGGAAUGAUGUGACAAUAAUUCAUGGGGAUUUCUCGUUGGCAUUUUAUUUGCGUAGCGUCGUUUGAGUACCAGAAAAUUUACGGUUUCAUUCAGAGUCGAAACUAAGCGCGAACUGUGACGUCAUGAAAUUCAAUACGUUUUUGACACACGGGAGUUGAAGCUAGCGCUGUCUCGACUCUUUCUGUUUGUAGCCCCAAUUCUCUGAUGAUCAGUUUUGCGGUCUUAAAUCGUUAAAUCGGUUGACACUCUGCUAAAUUAUAUUUGCGUGUUUGAUUUCAUUAAAGUUCCUUGAAGAGCGAUUGAGUUUCAACCGAUUUGCAAAUUAAUGUUAGUGUAAGAUUUGGAAAGGGGGUUAUUCAUAAAAUUCAAUUAAAAUAUUGUGAAUAACCUCGUUGAAAGUUGUUUUAAAGGAUUACAUGUCCUUCUUUUCCUGCUUCUUCGUGAUAUUGACAUAUUGAAACUAUUUAAUUUUGCGAUUAUGGACUGCCAAGCCCAUAAAUGUACUGAGAGUUUGGGAUUUCCAAUUUUGGCAGCCGGCAUUUAUCUAUUAACAUAGCGUAUAUUGUUGCACAAAUUAGUAAACUUUAGACGAAGCUUCAAAAGCUAAUAUAUUUUUUGAGAAAUCAUUCCCUCCCCCACUCAAAUGCAAGGUUACUUCACAACUCGUACAGAAUUUAUAUAAUAGUCGCUAACUGUUAGGAUUAAGAUACUAAAGUCUAUUGGAGUAGGUGAGAGUAUUAACUAUGUUAAGGAAUAAUAAUUAUCUUUUAAUUGGUUACCACAAAUAUUGUGCAAUAUUGUCCCAGUGAACCUUCCUGAACGAGUCCUCUAUGGGACAUGAAAAGGACUUGACUGUGCUGCAGUUACGAAACUUAUUUGUGCGACCAUACUUCCCUUAAGUUUAUCUACUUGUUAAAUUAUCUGGUUAGAUGUAUUUAUAAUAUCAUGGUAUGGUAAAAUAAUGGAUGAAAUAUUUUUGGUAACCCAACGAAUUAUAACUAACAUGUAAACGUAAGGUAACAAUUUAAAACACGGGAUUGCUCCCUACCACUAAGGGAACGUUCAAGUAUUAUGUCACGCAAUUUUUGGAGAUUCUUAACACAAUCCCCCCCCCCCCCCCCCAAGAAACGCGCCGUAACGUUUCUGUUUAAAUAGUAGUAGUAGUAAAACGUUUCGUGACCAACUUCAGUGACUCUUUAAACAUAAAACUUACCAUUGUGUGUGUAAGGUACUGGAAAGUUGAAAAUAUAUUAACAAUAACGCGUAAUUCAAUCCCCGCCCCGCAUCGUAACGUUUUGCAAGAGCCCCUCCCCCGCCCCUUCCCCCAAAUUCGUUACGUAAUACUUGAACGCUCCCUAAUCUGGACCGUAUACCCUAGUCGAAGUAUAGUAGUAAAUAUUUCCAAAAUAUCGUAUAGUGCACUGCCUCAAACUGUUUUUAAAUUUUGUAGUACGGUUUGAUACAUUUUUACAAUAUAUUUUACGCUAUAUAUUAUUGGUAAGCCGAAUACGCUCAAUUUAUCUGGUCAAAGUACAUGAUUCAUAAAUUCUAAAACAAGUAAUUUAAUCUUUACCAAAUUAACCUUGAAUUUGAAAUUAAACUUGAUUAGGUCACAAGUAAAGAUAGCUAUAUGAUUACACUAUUGGAAUUAUUAUUGUGAAAGUAUAGUGUUUCUAGAUUUUUGUUUUGAAUGAGGCUGAACCAGUCUAGUCUUCCAUUUCAUUCUCUAAUACACUAAAGCAAAGCAGUUUUUAACCCAACUCAGUAAUAAUUAUAAUUUUCAUUAAUCUUUGAUUACAUAAGAUUGUAAUGGGUAUGUAUUGAAUAUUACGUAGUUAUUAGAUAAUUGCACAAAUAGCACAUUAAUGUUAUUUAAUCAUGUAGUUAUUUUGUCAUAAUUCUGAUGUUCAAAAACCCUUCAAAUUGUAUACUUUACUAGAAAGACCGCUUCGGUCUCUCAUAUGAAAAAAUAUAAUUUAAUUUUUGAACAACAGAACUACUAUAAUCUUGUUGAAUUUAGAAAUGUGCAUAUUGCACAAAUUGAAUAAAUGUGUCACUGCCCAAUUGAUAAUAUUGUAUUUGACGUUUUUCUCAGAACAAAAUUUAAUAAAAUAUAUAAGAACUCAUUUAAUGAAAUAUUUGAUGUUAAGAUUAUUUGUCUGUUAGGUGUUCCUCCUAUACUGUAGCGAUUAAAGUUGAAAAGCAUUUAUUACUUUGGCAAUACUCAUCUUUAAUCAUAGUUAUUGUAUGUAGUUAGUAUUCAACUGUUAGUAGCUAAUGUAAAAUUUAUAUAGAUUUAUUUGAAAAUUUUAUUAAUCAUCUUACAUGAGAAUUUUACUAUGUUAAUUCUACUUAAUAUUGUCUAUUUAAAGCGCACUAUCUAUUACUUAAUUAUACAAACUUGUGAUAGUAUAUUGAAUUGCAAAUUGUUAAUUUUUAAACUAUAUUUCAUAUUGACUACUAGAAAAAUAUUGCUGCUUUCAUUGGUUUCACUUAGAACUAAUUUUUAAGGGUUUCAUUUAUUUAUUAUAUAGUA